AUGACGCCUCAGCAGCGCACGAGAAAUGCUUCUGGCCGAUCCACGUCUCGGGAAAUACACGGCCAGCAUGACCUGACGCUGUCGCGUACGCCACGGCCAUAUCUUCUGCGGGCAGAGAGCCUGAGGCCCGCGUACAUUCAGCGACCUGACAGUGGCUCUGAUCUUGUCUCCAACGGAUACAUUCCCUCCCCGAAACCCAGCCGUUCGGAGUCCAGCGAGAGCGGCACGGAGGCCGACGACGAGAAAGGGCCUUUUCUCAAAGGUCUCCCCGCGCCGCCUCUACGUCUGCACAAGGGGCUUCGAGGGACUUCGCCGGCCAACUUGACACCCGCUCACAGUCCGCUUCCCACCCCCCCAGCCUUUGUGGAAGGAGAGGGGCCUCGAUUUUUCGACUCGGCGCAGAAGCAGCCUGGGAAAAAACCACAACGGACGAAGGAGCAGCUGAGGGAUUAUGAGGCAUACAAGACACGGAAGCGACGCGAGAUUGUUCGACGAUGUACCGAAACCUCGCUUCUCUGUGGCAUCGGGGUGGUGGUCUGGAACAGCAGAUGGGGUUCAACAGGUCUGAAGGACUGGCUCAAUGAAGUCACAACGUUUCUCCUGAUCCCACCAUGCGUCUAUCUGCUCUAUCCGCUCAGGCUCGCAAUGCGUGCCUUGGCUGCAAGAAAGUCCGUUGCGCAAGCAUUCCGGCUGGGAUUCCACAUCCCCUCUCGAUUUGACCCUGGGCCUCUGUUGUACCCGGUGACGCUGCCAUUAAUGGUAGCCAUUUCUCUAUUUCACCAGAGCGUUACGUUUCUCCCAGCAGCAAUCAUCUGUGGGCUGUCGUCGAUACCGCCGAUGAUCACGACAACCCCCAGGAUUCCAGCUAUUGGCGAACAUCUACACUGGCUCCUAUCCAUCGUACCUCUGCAUACUUCGAAAUACCGAUUAUCGCCUGCCUCACUUCCGAAACCACUGUCUCUGAAACUCGACCCCGGGUGCCCCUUGACGAGGGAAGAUCUGGUGGUCCUGUUCCCCUUGCACCAGGCUUUGAUCUCGGUGCUCGGAUACCUCACGACUUCGAGUCUGGAUAUAUCAGAACUACAUCUCCUCUCGUCAGCUCUGAUCAACCUCUACAUUUUUGCACGGACACCCCAAGCUGAAAUUCUCAAGGCGAUGAUAUGGCUAGGGGGUCUGAGCAUUUUCAUCAGCUGUAAGAACGUCCUAAUGUGGGAGGUCGCCCUGGCGCGAGUGCCCACGUGGAAACUGCUGCGUUCACGGCGGCCUGGGGGCUUCAUCUCCAAGUUCGAUCAGUACAUAUGUAAUUUCCUCGUGCGCAGCAGACUUCAACGCGUGCAGGCCGACAGUUCGGACACUGAAGAUGAGAGGCACCCUACGAAUUCUAUCCCCAGGCUGAGACCCCGCUUAAAGCUGCAGCUUAACGGCCGAGCAUUUACUGCCACGGAUUCGACCCAGGAACCAGUCUCGGCCUUCGACAUAGCGCCUUCCAAGGUUACAUCGUUGGACAACGCGGCGUUUUCGGCACCACUUCGAAGAAACACGUUCACCGGUUUUGAUCAGAUUCGCCGCAAACAACAAGCGCCAUCCGCGAGGAAAGUCAAGCAAGCUCCUACAGGCCCUUCUGCGGCGUUUCUCACAUUCAGCGUGACACAAGCUCGCGUGCGAAAGUAUGCGUAUGCAGCAAUCGCCUAUAUGUUUGUGAUUGUCACCAUCUUGGGACCGGUCCGGCUCUACGUGGGAAAACGGGCAUUGUCGAACCACGAACCCGUAGGCUGGGCGUUGGGGUAUUUGUUUGGCAAUCUGUCCAUCUUCCGACUUUGGGUGGUUAGCAACAACCUCGAACGGUGGAUCUGCCUCCCAGCUCGAGAAACGGACCAUGUCCUCCCGUUUAAGGAUGGUGUUGCUGAAUAUGUCCGACAGUAUGUCCUCGGACCAGCCACUACACGCCUCGUUAUCUGUGCGUAUUGCAUUGUGGUACUCAUGACUGGGAUAGGCGCGGUGCUUCGCCUCACGUCGGUCGUCGAAGUCGACACGAGACGCAAAGUCUUCCAUGGUAUCAUGGUCGCAAUGCUCUUACCAACCAUAUUUGUGGAUCCCUGUUUUAUUGCCAUGGCGCUGAGCUUGAUUCUAGCGAUCUUUCUUCUCCUAGACCUGUUCCGAGCGUCACAACUGCCUCCGAUCUCGAAACCUCUGACUGUUUUCCUCGCUCCUUAUGUAGACGGGCGAGAUCACCGCGGGCCUGUGAUUGUUUCUCACAUCUUUUUGUUGAUUGGAUGUGCGAUACCGUUGUGGCUGUCCCUUGCUGCUGCCCCGCGCGUGGGCCCAGAUCCUUGGGUUGGCUGGGACACUACAUUGCGUGACUUGAGCAUGGUGAGCGGCGUUAUAUGUGUUGGAAUGGGAGAUGCUGCAGCCAGCUUAAUUGGACGGCGGUAUGGCAAGACGAAAUGGUACUGGAUCGGGGGAAAGAGCUUGGAAGGGAGCUUCGCGUUUGCAUCGGCGGUCACGUGCGGGCUCUCGGCGAGCUGGCUUUGGCUCAGAUUGGGCGGCUGGGCUUCCUGGCAUGACAGUGAUCCCUUUAUGCUCGUGCUGGGGAAAUGUGUGGUUGCGGGAACGGGAGCAAGCCUCCUGGAGAGUACCCUGACUGCCGCUAAUGACAAUGUGGUCGUUCCAGUUGGACUCUGGCUGCUGGUGAGAGGCCUGGAUAUAUAA